AUGUCGAAGAAGGAUGACUUUGCUGACUUGUUCUCAGCGUAUGCUCCCAAGAAGAAGGAUGACUCCAAGUUGUCGCUAGCCGAAAGAGGAAGAAACAGUCCAGCAACUGCUAGAGGUAAUAAUUGGGCUGAUUUUGAUUAUCUAGAGAGUUCAAGAAGUAGUUCUAGAAUGGCUCAAGCAGGAUCAAUACCCUCUACAAAUCCACAAAGCGGGUUUAAUACUUCCAAUAAUAAUAGUGGCUCAGAUUUAUUUGAAGGAUUCGAUGUCAUUAAUAGUAAGAAUGGUUUAAAUGCCCCCAAAGCCUCUGCAACUCCUCAAAGAUUCAAUCAAUCAGAUGAUUUAUUUGAAGGUUUUCCAAGCUCAACUCCAUCAUCAAAUCAAGCAACAACUCAAAGAAAUAACGCAGAAAUUGAUCUCCUGGAUAGUUUUGGCGAUGAUUUUUCCUCUACAAAUGUUUCAUCUACAUCAAUUCCAAGAAUUGGUGAACAAUCACAUUCACAAUCACCACAACCAAUUCCAAAUACAAGUGAACAAAAUUUAGAUGAUUUAUUUUCAGUAUUUGAUAAACCUCCACAACCUGCUAAACCAGAACCAAAAUUACAGAAUCCAAUACCAACUCAUUCAAAUCAACAAUAUGAUGUUUUACAAGAUACUAGAUCUUCAAGGAAUGGAAGAGAUCAUCAACAACACCAAAACCAAUCUCGUCCUGCACAGCAAAGAAGCCGUAAAUCAACACCAACAAUAAGUGGUGAAGCUCAAGAUGAAGCAAUUGCAUCAUUAGUGGAUAUGGGAUUUUCAAUUGAACAAGCAAAUGAAGCUUUACAACAUACCAAAAACCCAACAGAUAUCAAUGGAGCUGUUUCUUAUCUUAUGAAUAAAGCUCAUCAAGAAGGAAGAGCUAGAGCUGGAUUACCACCUGAAAGAUUAAGUCGUACAUCAUCAGGAGCAAGAUCAAGUCCUCAUAAUGGUGGUUAUUCAAUGAAGAAUGCAAAUCAAUAUUUUGAAAAUUUCACCAAAACUGUUUUUAAAGCUUCAGAUAAACUUGCUAAUGAAGUUGCAAAUAGAUUUUUCACACCACCUCCUUCAGAUGGUAAACCUGCUUGGAUGCGUGAUGCUGAAAAAUAUAAAAGACAAUCUGAAUUUGAUGAAGAUCCAGAAGAAAUCAAUGGCGAAUACUUGGAAAAAUUAAGAAUUAAUGAAGAUAAUGAUCAAGAUGAAGAUUAUAGAAGAGCACCAGUACCUCCUCCAAGAAGAAGAGCUCAUCCUUCAGGAAAUGUACCAAGAAGAUCUUCUAAACAAGGUCAAGAAGAUUUAUUAUUCGAAACUGAACCUAAACCUCAUGCAGCAACACCACCACCAAAUAAUCAAGCUCAAUCACAACAAGAGGAUGAAAUUGAUAUUUUUGCUCCAUUACCUCAAAAAUCAACCCCAAGUGCACCAUUAACUGCAUCUCAAAAAUUACAAAAUUCAUCAUCAAAUGAUAUGAUGACAUCUUCAUCAAGAAGAAGACAAGUAAAUCGUUCAAAAGCACCAACACCAUCUUCAUCAACUCCAAAACCAUCAAGACCAGUCAUUGGAUUAUCAUCAAUUGAGCGUGAAACUUUUGAUGAAUUUCGUGAAAGAGGUGGUGCAGCUUUUAAGCAAGGUGAUUUCACUACAGCAUCUGAACAUUAUGAAAAAGCAUUGAAUUCCCUUCCAAAAGGUCAUUUAUUAAGCAUAAUAGCAUAUUCAAAUUGUAUUACUGCAUCUUUUAAAAAUGGUGAAAAUAAAAAAGUGAUUGAAUAUUCAGAUUCUGCUCUUUCAUUAAUUGGUCCAACAAGAGGUGUUUCUGAAGAAAUUGAAGAUGGUAAAAAUAUGAAAGAUUUUUGGGUCAAGAUUACACAAAGAAGGGCAGAAGCUUUUGAACAUUUGGAAAAAUUUCAAGAUUCUUUAAAUUCAUGGAAUGAAUUGAUUGAAAAUGGAUCUGCUAAUAAAGUUACAUUGGAUGGUAAAAGACGUUGUCUUGAUGCAUUGAAUCCUAAACCAAAAACUACACAGAAACCAAGAGCACCACAGCCAACACCUAGAAAACCAGCAAGAUCAACAAAUUCAUCAUCAAUCAGCGAGGGUGAAGCUUUAAAGAGAAUUCGUGAAACUAAUAAAGCAUCACAAAACUUCGAAGAAGACAAAUUCAAAUUGAAUGAUCAAAUUGAAGCUAAAGUUAAUUCUUGGAAAAAUGGUAAAGAAGAUAAUUUAAGAGCUUUAUUAGCAUCAUUACAUGAAAUCUUAUGGUCAGAAACAAAUUGGAAACAAGUUAAUCUUGCAGAUUUGGUUAUGCCUAAAAAGGUUAAAAUCACUUACAUGAAAGCAGUUGCAAAAGUUCACCCAGAUAAGAUUCCACAAAAUGCUACAUCUGAACAAAAAUUAAUUGCACAAAGUGUAUUUGUUGUUAUAAAUACUGCAUGGGAGAAGUUUAAAGUUGCAAAUAACAUUCAAUGA